GCGGCGAGGCUCUGGGAGGGGAAGGAGCAGAGGGAGGGAGGGUGAGGUGGGGGGCUGAACCCGGAAGUGGGUAGGCGCUGGAGCGAGCGCGCCGAGAGUGGAGCUCAGCGGCUGGGAGCCAGCGGGGGAGCCCUGGGUUCCCGACCAUGAAAUCCUCGGGCACGCCCCUCCAGAAGCUGUUAACCAAGACAAUCUAGUUUUUUGUUUUUUGUUUUUUUAAAAUAAAUCCUUUAAGACACUUAUGAAGUUUCUUGUUCUGAAAUUGUUGUACUGCAAUGAAGAAAAGGAGAAAGGUUACUUCAAAUCUUGACGAGAAGAUCCAUCUAGGCUAUCGCAAAGAUUCUUCAGAAGGCAAUGUUGCAGUGGAGUGUGACGAAGUAACCUAUACUCAUUCCACAGAGAGACCAACUCCUGAAGCUCUUCACUGUUACCAGGAACUUCCUCCCUCUCCAGAUCAGAGAAAACUUUUGAGUUCUUUGCAGUAUAACAAGAAUUUGCUGAAGUAUUUAAAUGAUGACAGGCAGAAGCAACCAUCUUUCUGUGACUUACUUAUCAUAGUAGAAGGAAAAGAAUUCAGUGCCCAUAAAGUUGUUGUUGCUGUUGGCAGUAGUUAUUUCCAUGCCUGUUUGAGCAAAAAUCCAAGCACUGAUGUUGUCACCCUGGAUCACGUAACACACUCAGUUUUUCAGCAUUUGCUUGAAUUUCUUUACACAUCAGAAUUUUUUGUGUACAAAUAUGAAAUACCCCUUGUUUUAGAGGCAGCAAAAUUUCUGGACAUUAUAGAUGCAGUUAAGUUGCUAAAUAAUGAAAAUGUUGCCACUUUUCAGUCUGAGCUGGCUGAAAAGUCAUCACCAGAAGAAACACUAAGUGAAUUAGCUGGAAGACUAUCAAAUAAUCAUCAGUGUAAAUUCUGUAGUAGACAUUUUUGUUAUAAAAAGUCUUUAGAGAAUCAUUUAGCUAAAACUCAUAGAUCCCUUUUAUUAGGGAAAAAACAUGGGUUAAAAAUGCUGGAGAGAAGUUUUUCCACAAGAAGAUCGAAAAGGAAUCGCAAGUGUCCUGUUAAGUUUGAUGACACCAGUGAUGAUGAACAAGAAAGUGCUGAUGGGUCAGACAAUUUGAAUCAAGAAAAUUUUGAUAAGGAAAAGUCAGACAGAAAUGAUUCUGAGGACCCUGGAAGUGAAUAUAAUGCUGAAGAAGAUGAACUAGAGGAGGAAAUGUCAGAUGAAUACUCUGACAUUGAAGAACAAAGUGAAAAAGAUCAUAAUGAUGCAGAAGAAGAACCUGAAGCUGGUGAUUCUGUAGGAAAUAUUCAUGAGGGGUUAACUCCUGUAGUCAUUCAGAACAGUAACAAAAAGAUAUUGCAAUGUCCUAAAUGUGAUAAAACAUUUGACCGCAUAGGGAAAUAUGAGAGCCACACACGUGUUCACACAGGUGAGAAGCCCUUUGAGUGUGAUAUUUGUCACCAGCGCUAUUCGACAAAGUCUAACCUAACUGUUCACAGAAAGAAGCACAGUAAUGAAACAGAAUUUCAUAAGAAGGAGCACAAGUGCCCUUACUGUAAUAAACUUCAUGCAAGCAAGAAGACUUUAGCCAAGCAUGUUAAGAGAUUUCAUCCUGAAAAUGCUCAAGAAUUUAUUUCCAUUAAGAAGACCAAGAGUGAAAGUUGGAAAUGUGAUAUUUGUAAGAAAUCUUUUACUCGAAGACCACACUUGGAGGAACAUAUGAUUCUACAUUCUCAAGAUAAGCCUUUUAAGUGUACCUAUUGUGAAGAACAUUUCAAAUCACGAUUCGCAAGGUUAAAGCAUCAAGAAAAGUUCCAUCUGGGUCCUUUUCCAUGUGAUAUAUGUGGUCGCCAGUUUAAUGACACUGGAAAUUUGAAACGCCAUAUAGAAUGUACCCACGGUGGAAAGAGAAAAUGGACUUGCUUUAUCUGUGGAAAAUCAGUACGAGAAAGGACUACUUUGAAAGAACAUUUGAGAAUCCACAGUGGAGAAAAACCUCAUCUGUGUAGUAUCUGUGGGCAAAGUUUCCGUCAUGGAAGUUCAUACAGACUUCACUUACGAGUACAUCACGAUGAUAAAAGAUAUGAAUGUGAUGAAUGUGGGAAAACGUUCAUCCGUCAUGACCAUCUUACAAAGCACAAAAAAAUACAUUCAGGUGAGAAGGCUCAUCAGUGUGAAGAAUGUGGAAAAUGUUUUGGUCGUAGGGAUCAUCUCACUGUUCAUUACAAAAGUGUACACCUGGGAGAGAAGGUGUGGCAAAAAUAUAAAGCAACCUUUCAUCAAUGUGAUGUUUGUAAGAAAAUUUUUAAAGGCAAAUCAAGUCUGGAAAUGCAUUUUCGGACGCAUUCAGGUGAAAAACCAUACAAGUGUCAAAUUUGCAAUCAAUCUUUCAGAAUUAAGAAAACUUUAACAAAACACUUGGUUAUUCAUUCUGAUGCCCGGCCUUUCAACUGUCAGCACUGUAAUGCAACAUUUAAGCGGAAAGACAAGCUGAAAUACCACAUUGACCAUGUUCAUGGCAUAAAAUCUCCUGACGAUCCACUCAAUACUUCUGAGGAAAAACUUGUAUCUUUGCCAGUAGAAUACUCAUCUGAUGAUAAAAUCUUUCAAACAGAAACAAAACAAUAUAUGGACCAGCCCAAAGUUUAUCAGUCAGAAGCCAAGACUAUGUUACAGAAUGUGUCUGAAGUGUGUGUUCCAGUAACACUGGUUCCAGUUCAGAUGCCUGACACUCAGAGCGAUCUGGUGCGUCAUACAACCACACUCCCACCGUCUUCUCAUGAGAUCCUAUCGCCACAGCCACAAGCGACUGAUUAUCCCCGAGCAGCUGAUUUAGCUUUUCUGGAAAAGUAUACUCUCACUCCUCAACCUGCAAAUAUAGUUCAUCCAGUACGACCUGAACAAAUGCUAGAUCCUAGAGAACAGUCUUAUCUUGGAACAUUGCUAGGCCUUGAUAAUGCUACUGCUGUACAAAGUAUUUCUAAUAACGAGCAUCAUUCAUGAGUAAAUCUAAACAUUCCACAGACUUUUGAUGGUUUUGUGCUAAUGGUAGCCUAGACUGAUGGCUUUUAAAUUAGUAAGGCUGCUAUUUUUCAUUUUCUCUAGUUUCUCCAGUCCUCAGAACCAUUUCAAAUCAAGAAAAAUAUAUGUAUCUCUGUUUACUGAACAGAAUAUUGGGACACAUUUUGAGGUAUAAUAUUUGAAAUGAACAUUUUUAUGAUUUUUAAAGAUAACUUAGUGCUAAUUUUUAAUGGUUUCUCAAACUUUUCAAAAUUAUUAGCUGUUGACUUUGUGGUUUUGUUUUUGGGUUUUUUCUUAAUUAUCCAUGGAAAUUUUCAUUCUUUAGUUUCAGUCUGUUUUUCUCCUUGACCAUCUUCUAAACAAGAUUAAGGACUGACCAUGUAGCCUUUAAGAAAGAAUAUAAGAGUACACUGAUAAUUGCAACUCUUCCUUAUUAAGAUUCAUUAUUAUUUCUUCACAUUUUAAAAAGCUGAAAUUAGGAAUUUAAAUUUAUAGGGAACUCUUGGCUAUUUCCGUGGUUUGUUUGUUUUUUAUUUUUUAAUGUGGCCCUAAUUUCAGGUUAUAAUUAAUCCUUUGGUCUUUUCACAAACUCAAAGCAAGGAAGCUAACUUAAUGUAAGAACAGUUUGUUAAAUGAAACCUAGAAAUGAAAUAAUUAUCCAAAUAAUUGGUUUUUGCCUAUGCUUCAAUUAUUAUGAAUAAGAAAUGCAUAUUUUUAAUGUAUAGGCAUUAAAUUAUACAAGUUGAAAAUGUAUUAAAGGCAAAUUAUGACAGUUUUAACUAGAUAGCUUUAAAGGUAAGUUCAUCUUUUAAAUUUUAUCAUUUAAGAAACAUCAGCAAUACAUCAUAGCAUGUAUCUUCAUCUCACUAAAGGAGGGGCAAUUAUAACUAAUCAAUGAAAUUUAAUUAACAAGCUACUUUUGGUCUCAUUUACUUUGGCUAAUAAAAUUGUGGGAAAUAGAACCUAGAUAUUUCAUAUAUAAUCAUAAGGGAAGGUGCCAAAGUAUAAAAUUCAUGUCUAACUAAACUUAAUGUUUACUUUAAUUAAAGGGAACCACUACUUGUAUACAGAUUUACAUGUAAUGUAGAUUUUUAUUUUGCUUUUCACAUAAGCCCAAUAUCUGUAAUUAUCCUUGAUUUUUUAUUUUUGUAGGAGAUAAAAGUUGAGGACUUGGUGAAAAGAAAUAGCAGUUAGAGCAAAAACCACACUGAUAAAAAUUAAUCGAGGAAAAAAGUUAAAAUUAUAAAAUACCUUUAAAGAUGUGCACUUUCCAUAUUUUCAAGUCAAUUUAAACUUAAACUAGGAUAAUGUUUCCUAGUAGAGCUGCUUGAAGGAUUAGAAUAGGCAGGGUUGAUUUAUUAUUAGCAUGUCAUUUGUAUGUAAACUACUGGAAAAGAGCAAUUUUAAGAGUUUUCUAGUUCAGUUUUGUUUACACUCCUAAUUGCUUUAAGCACUUUUUUUUGUGUAAACUGUAAAGUCUGGCCCAGCCCUUGUGAAAAAAAUCACAAAUAAAAUAAUGAAGUUUUAAUGAAUAAAAUUUAACCACUUAAUAAUGGGGAAACUUGUUUGCUGAAGCACUUAAGAAAUGAAGGUACUUUACAGGAGCAUUCACCAUACUAGUGGAAAUAAAAGAAAAAAAAUGUCGAGAUUGAGGCAGUUAACCAAAGUAGCUCAUAUAAGUAACAAAACCAACCUGAGUUUCGCCUCAGUUAUCAAGGUUUGGUUGUAAUUAAUCUAGGACCAGUAGAUAAAAUUAAUGUAUUCUUCUUUUUAAAAGGUUCUUACUUUUGUGUGGAAAUGUUAUAUCUGAGGUACUUACAUGAUUGAACUUGACUAUAUGAGGUACUAUUAGUCUGUUAGUCUUUCAAAUUGACUUUUAAAAAUGCAGAUCUUUAUGAUUUUUAUCAUAAAGACCAGCAAGACUUUUAAUUAAAAAACUUACUGUAAUGAGAUGAAAUAAUACCUAAAAGUAUACCCUGCCUUACAUAACCAUCGUAGAAAAGUUUGGACUUACAAAAAGGCAGAUGGUAUGUAUGGGUCUGUGUAUGGUAUAUUAUAUGCUUGGAAGCAAGAAAGAAAGAGAGUGUUGCAUUUUCACAUUGAAAAGAAUACUUUGCUUUUUGAAGGUAUUUACUUGAGGAUUCUUUUAAUAAUAAUUUCCUAAUGCUUUAAAUAUGUAAUUUGAUUGUAGGAAUUGGUUUACAGUAUAAAACUUCUCUGGAACACAUUUCUUAUAUAAAGUGAAAUAGAAUGAUAUUUAGUUAUUGUUGUAGAUAAACUUGAAUACUGGUUUAGUCUUUCAUAAAAUGCUUUCAGUUAUCUCGUUUAACCUCAUAACCAGCUCUAAAAGAGAAAGGACAUGUUAUAUUCCCAUUUUAGAGAUGAAGAAUCUGAGGUUAAGAUAAAGGACUCAGUUAAGCUCACAUCAUUAAUGUCAGAGCUACUAAUGGGGAAAGAAAGCUAGCAUUAAUAAAUGCUUACUGUGUGCCAGGCACUACAUUUUCUCAUGUGAUCGUAAACAGUCUGGGAAUUAGAUAGCAUAAUUCUUAUGAAGAAAUUACUCAGCAGAUGGACAAACACACAAAUCUGCUGCCUCUAAUUUCCAAAAUUAGAAUAUAGGAAAUUUUAAAAUUGUGAAAACCUCAUGGAUUUGGGCAAACUGAAUGUAUAUAAGUUGUUGAAGUUGGCACAAAAAAUAUGUAAUGAGGCCUACUCUUUUCAGUUAGCCUUUUAUAAUAUUUAAUUUGGAGUAUUUGGACAAAUGUUCCAUUAACUCUAAAAUCCAUUAAUUUUGUAACUAUACUUAAAGUUUUGAAUCUUGCAACUAAGCUUAGCCUCAUUCAGAGUUUUUAUUUUAUGAACAUAAUUUAUUGUUUUAAAUUAAUUUUUUAGCUGAUAGCAGUUAGCACUUAAUAUGUAAACUGAAUAAUUUAUCAAGUGUAGAAAUUUGUUAACCUAAUCAGUUUUUACUUAAAUGCACCAAAGAUUUUUAGUAGGUAUUAAAAUAGUUUAAGAGAAUUAAAAUUCUUUGUUGUUUGAAUAAAUAUUUGUCCAAAGAAGCACAGUUGAAGUCCUAGGAUUAUGGAUUUUUUAAAAAAAAAUCAUUAGUUUGAAUACUAAGAUUGUUUGUGUUUAUAUGUAUAAAAAUAAAAACAGAAGAAAAUACUCUGGGAAUAGUCAUACUGACAAACCAGUUACAAGUAAGAAUACUCAGUUUUCCUCAGUUUAAUUAAUUGAAUGUUAUCUUUAAGUGGACACUAUUAAAUGCUAAAUAAUAAGCUUAUUUUUUACACUACACUAUUAAAAUAAUUUUGCCUUAGAAUUUUUUUUUAAGACAAGUCAAAGUUAUUUUUAUAAAAAACCCCACCUAUUUUUUGCAGCCUGUAGUACCAUUUAAGAUUAGCAUUUGUUCUUCAUGCCAGCAAGAUUUAACCAACAACUGUAAAGGUAAUUAUCUUUGCAUACUUUUAAGUAAUUUAGUCAUUUAUUGCUGAGAAAAGGAGUAGAAUAAAUAGGGUUUUAAACUGGUGCUUUAUUAAGUGACUUCCUUUUAAGUGAUUGUAGGUCAUGAAAUAGGUACACUAAUAAUAUCCUGUCAACUUUAAAAGUGUCAAGACAUCUUUGCAGAGUGACUAUAAACUGUUAAGGGCUAAUAAGUAAUUAAAUAUCAUUCAUUGCUUUUCACUCUUUAAUUGCAAACAAUUACAUAAUUAAACUGGUAUGUUUGUAAGUUUGAGUUAUCUUCCUACCAGAUCAUUUUAACAUAUCAUUGAUGAAAAGUCAGAUUUAGAGCAUUAGCUCUUUGACAGUGUCCUUUUUAUACCCACUCUUUUCUGAAUUGCAUGCUUUGUGCCUUUUCACUGUGUUGUAGUUGCUUCAAAUUGAUUCUGCUGGCUAGAUUGUACUGGUUAAUAAAUGAUUUUGACUUUGU